AUGAUGCCAUCAGAAACCAGAACAUGUGAUUAUGGGUCCCCAGGGAAAAAACUAACAGAGGUAGUCCCUACAGAGAAAGUUCCUCCAGAGGCAUUGAAGAUGAAGGAAUGCCGGCACCUUAAGCCCACUUCGUCUAGACUGUGUUGUGCUGAUAGACUUUCUGAAAAUGCAGAUCAUGUUCCCGUUAGCUAUCCUACAGACAUGGCCCCUCAAUAUUCCAAGACACACCCGGAAUCAUGCCAUUAUUGUGGGCGUUCCUGGGCAUCUCUGAUGCAUGGCCAAGAGGUACUGCAGCCCAGUGAAAUUGAUUUCAAAAAGCAGCUAUCAGAAGAUAGAAGGCAGCAACUUAUGCUUCAAAAAAUGGAGCUAGAAAUUGAAAAGGAGCGCCUUCAGCAUCUGCUGGCCAAGCAGGAGACAAAGCUUCUCCUAAAACAGCAGCAGCUUCAUCAGUCUCGCCUGGACUACAAUUGGUUAAGAACUCAAGCUGUGUUUAACUCAAAGGAACUGAUUGCUGAUAGCAAGCUUACUAAGCCCAGAGAACUCAAUCUGGAUAUGAAUGGUAGUGAUUCUGGACCAAGUUUGUUGAAGUCAGCAUGUGAUGGUUGGCUGCUUGGAACAUCAUCAUCCAUCAAAAAGCAGCAAGAGUCCAGUAGCAGCAUAGAGACUAGAAGAGAGAAGAAGACAGUUGGGUUUCAGUCACCUGUGGAGAAGGAUGCCCUGUGGACGUGUCCAAAGACAGAUACAUAUCAACCCCAAAGAGGGACAAUGACAGGAGUUAGAAAAGAUGCGUCCACAUCUCCUAUGACAACAGAAUGCCAAAAGGACCUUUUAAGCUCAACCACAUCUUCAUUCCAACCCAAAUCCUCCCGGUAUGAGACAUCUCUGUUGGAUUUAGUUCAAUCUCUGAGCCCAAAGUCUGCCUCUAAACCUCAGCCCCAUCGCUGCAGAGAAGCCGGGGCCUGGAAUCACAGCAAUUGCCAACUCAGUUCACUGAAAUCAACCCUGAAGAAGAUGGGGGCAGGCAGGACCCCCGAUGACCUACAAGAGAAUCAAAUUCUGGAAGACAUCUUUUUCAUUUGA